AUGACGAGGACUCGUGCUAACAACGUGAGCUCUAGUAAUAAGAAUACAGGUGCUUUCGGAGAGUUCUUUAGGACACUUGGGGCCAUGACCCAGAUCAUGAAAGAUAAUAUGCCGGCCCCAUCCACACCUGCCCCAAACCUAGCUGAUAGUGAGUUGAUUGAAAGAUUCAAGAGGUUGGCACCUCCUACAUUCUUAGGGCAUGGGGGUGUAGAAAAAGCCGAGAAAUGGAAGAGACAGGUGGAGAAAUUUCUAGAGGUGUUGCAGUGCUCGGAUGAGCAGAAAGUCAGACAAGGAGCCUUCAUGCUUGAAUGGACUGAAGCCACUUGGGACAAUUUCCUGGUGGCGUUCGAUGAAAAAUACUUCCCUGAGUCAGUUAGGGAGAGAAAAGAAGUCGAGUUCAUUGAACUUCAGCAAUGGAGGUUAACAAUUCAGCAAUAUGCCAUCAAGUUUGUGGAUCUUUCACGAUAUGCACCUCACAUUAUUAAUACAGAGGUGCGAAAGGCGAGUAUAUUUGAGAGGGGCCUUCGACUAGAUAUUAGAGGAAGAGUGUUAUCGGCCAAUAUUAAGUUGUAUGCUCCACUAGUAGACCUCGUGAUGAACAUUGAAAGGGAUUGUGAGAAGUUUCGCAUGAGGAAGGAAGGAAGGCCAAGACCCGCUCAGUCAGGAAAUAUUGGGAAGAAAGUUCGGCCACCCUCGAAGAAAGACUUUAGAGGAAGACCCUAUCCAGGCAAUCGGAGAGCUCAAAAGACUUUUCCGAGCAACAAGGGGGAUAACCUAGACCCAACUUUUUCAUACUGUGGAUGGAGCAAUCACACUGAAGCUGAGUGUUAUAAGAAGCUGAAUAUGUGCCUUAAGUGUGGCAAGCCCGACCACUGGAACCGAGAUUGCCCCAUGAUAAUGCUGGAAAACCGACCGAAGACUCAAGAUCGGGUAUUUGCAUUGACAGAAUAA